AUGGGUAAGUGGGGGUGGGAUUACUCUACCGUGCUACCCAUCAUAAGUUUAGUGGAAGGAGGCGCGGUUUGUCAGCAACCGCUGGCACUCGGAACCGGCGACGCAGCUCUUCCACGAUGGUACUACGACGCGACAACUAUGCGUUGCGUCCAGUUCUUCUACAGAGGACGUUACGGCAAUCAGAAUAACUUCCUCAGCCAACAGGAAUGCGAACAAACCUGUCCCGUUUACGUCAACGUCUGCCCAGUGGGCAGUCCUCUGUUGGAUGCGUCGAAUCGUCCGGUUCCGUGCACAUUUGGCGCUAAUUCGUGCGGUGACGGUUACUGGUGCCACCUUGGUCUCGUCCCAGACGAGUAUCAAUGCUGUCCGGGUGAGCCGACGGUACCGGGUGCAUGUCAAGGACUGCCGGAAGUUGAGGGAGAACUCGGUGCGCCGGCUCCACCGGCAACGCGUUACUACUACGAUCAGGCCGAAAUGGCCUGCAAACCGUUCAUCUACAAUGGUCGCAAAGGAAAUCAGAACAAUUUUCUCACGCUGGAGGAUUGCGAACAGACUUGUAAUGUGUUCGUAAACCCGUGCAACCAGCCCAUAUCCCUUCCACCUCAGCUUUGCAACGCCCUCGGCCCAGACACCUGCGGACCGAACGCCUAUUGCCAUGUCGGCGCCACCCCAGACACUACCUAUGCUGUCCAAGUGGUGAAGGGUGAUCCGUGCUCGCUGCCGUUAAGUCCUGGAACCGGCAAUCAGUUUUUGGAUCGGUGGUACUUCAACCAGCAGACCGGAUCCUGUCAGCCAUUCGUGUAUGCAGGACUUCACGGAAACCAGAACAACUUCCUCACAAGAGAGGCUUGUGAAGAACGAUGCGGACCAAACCCGUGUUUCGAGGGCCGGCCGUUCGUCGGUGUGGACGGUCGUCCGCAAACCUGCUCCAUCUCAGCGAACCUGAACACGUGCCCAGCGAAUUAUUGGUGCCAUAUCGGCGCCGAUAUGAGCACCACGGUGUGUUGUCCAGGAGGUAAGAGGGUUCUUCCUAUAAACAUCUGCAACUUGCCAAUGUCCACUGGUGAAGGAAAUUACAAUUUGGAACGAUACUACUUCGACCAGUCAACAAAGACUUGCCGUCCGUUCAUUUAUAACGGCCUCAAAGGAAACCAGAACAAUUUCAUUACACUGGUAAGUGAAGAUUACUAUAGUCAAGCACAUUGCACAGCUUUGAAAAAUUGCCAUUGUACAGCUCGCUGUUAG